AAGCACUGGACAAGCAGACGAUUUAAUGUGCGCAUAAUACUCUUCUCUGUAAAUAUUUAAUAGAAACAACAUCAUUAUCUAUUAAGAGCAUGAUUGCACGUGUUACGUUCAUAAUAAACGCCUAGACGACAAAAAUAUUUUCAGCGUAGAAAUAAGAGACAUUUAGAAUGGCUAGCAGCUGAAUAAAUGAUAUGCUGUGGCCACAAUGUCAAAAAAAGAAGAUUCAGGUGGAAAGAAGGGUUCUCACCAAACUGAACUGUAUGCAGAAGUCCCUGCGACAUGCCUCCCUAUUGUCUAUUCUCCAGAGUACAACAUCACCUUCAUGGGUCUGGAAAAGCUGCAUCCCUUUGACGCAGGCAAAUGGGGCAAGGUCAUUCACUUCUUAAAAGAGGAACAGUUCAUCACAGAUGAGACCAUUGUUCCAGCCAGGGAGGCCAGUGAAGCAGAUCUUCUUGUGGUUCAUACUACACGUUACCUGAACAGACUCAAGAACGCUAUCUUGGAGGGCUCCAGAGAGUGGUCUCUGGUGGUUGCCAGCAUCACAGAAAUCCCACCUCUGCUGUUCUUGCCCAACUUCCUGGUACAGCGUAAAGUUCUGAGACCCUUGCGCACACAAACGGGAGGAACCAUCAUGGCUGGAAAGCUGGCAAUGGAUAGAGGAUGGGCGAUAAAUGUGGGAGGAGGUUUCCAUCACUGCUCGAGUGACAAAGGAGGAGGUUUUUGUGCAUAUGCUGACAUCACACUUGCUAUCAAGUUUCUCUUUGAGAGGGUGGAGGGGGUUGCUAGGGUCACCAUCAUCGAUCUAGACGCCCAUCAGGGAAACGGACAUGAGCGGGAUUUCCUUGAAGACAGACGAGUUUACAUAAUGGAUGUCUAUAAUCGCCACAUCUAUCCAGGAGACGGAUAUGCAAAGAGGGCAAUUAAGCGAAAAGUGGAGCUGGACUGGGGCACAGAAGACAUGGAGUAUCUCCAGAAGGUGGAGCUCCACUCAGAAGGGGCAAUGAAUGAAAUACGGCCCGACAUCAUCAUCUACAAUGCAGGCACGGACAUCCUUGAUGGAGAUCCUCUCGGAGGUCUGGCGAUAUCCCCACAGGGUAUAGUAAAGAGAGAUGAGAUCAUCUUCAGAGCAGCUCGGCGGAGAGGGAUCCCCAUCCUAAUGGUGACGUCAGGGGGCUACCAGAAGAAGACCGCCCGCAUCAUCGCUGACUCCAUCCUGAAUCUGAACAGGCAGGGUUUGAUUGGUGAAGAGGCUGUAGAGGGUGCAGGACCCUCACAUAUGCCGCUUAUGAUCAGCAAGUCUGUGUCUUCAACGGCCAUGUUUAAUGCCAUUUGACCUUUUCAAGUAUGUUAAACUGCACAUGCUGUUAAUUGACCUAAUGCGAAACAUAUAGAACUAAUAUUUGGUGUUCUAAUCAGGAAUCAAAUGGUUUGGUGUGUUGAACAGGGAUUGAAUCGUGACCAUAGUUUUCGUAGUUUAUUAUUUUGAACUUUUUUUACUCAUGUGUUACAUUUAUUGUGAUAGCUUUGGAGAGAAGUUCUAAUGGGAUAUUUAACCCCCCAAAAAACAAAAAACAGUCAUUUUCUCAUUCUCAUAUUGUUCCAAACCCAUAUGACUUUCUUUCUUGCUUGAAAUGCAAAAAGAGGCAUUUACCAGAAUGUCCAAGCAGUUCUUUCCAUAGAGAAAGUGGAUAGGGCUUUUAUGAAGCUUUAAAAUGACCAUACAAGCAUAAUAAAAUUAGUCCAUAUGACUUCUGCACUACAUUCCAAGUCUUUUGAAGCCAUAAAAUAGGUUUGUGUGAGGAUUAGAUAAUUCUCUCGUCAUUUACUCACGUCGCUGCCAUCUCAAACUCGUAUGAUUUUCUUUCUUCUGUGGAACACAAAUUAAGAUGUUUUGCAAUCAUGAUUUGUAGCUAGGUUACGCUUCCUUGUGCUUGACGCACAUGUCAACCACAAGGAUGUAUAAACAAGCUUCAAAUCAUGAUUGCGCCAAGUAGACUUUAGAUGUCGAGAUUUAUAUUUAAAAAGGAGUUACAGUUUGGUCCAUUUCUCACCCAAAACCAAUCAAAUCACUUCGGAAGACAUGGAUUAAACCACUUGAGUUUUAUGUGUUGGACCCCAUUGACUUUUUUAUGGGUAUAUUCACAUUGAAUCUCCAUCAGAAUAUCUUCGUUUGUGUUCUGCAACCGAAAGAAAGUCAGACUUAAGGUCUACGUGAUCAGAGAAUUAUUAUUUUUCUGUAAAGUGUUCCAUUAAGUUGUUAUUCCCUGAAAAUGUUGCCUUGAAAUCUUGACUGCCGUGGUCACCAUUGACUUUCAUUAUUUGGAAAAGAGCAGCUUGGAGAGUCUUCUAGAUGACUCCUUUUGUGUUCCAUAUGAGAAGGAAAGUCAUAAAGAUUUGGAACUAUGAGACAGAAUUUUCAUUUUUGGGUGAACUAUCUCUUUGAGUGUGAUAUUUCCAAUUGUUUUUUCUUUGUAUGGGUAUUUUAUGCAAUGUGCAUUUUUGCACGUUUUUAAAUGAGUAUAAUUGGUGCCCACAGGUUGGGCAUAAAGAGAACUGAUCUCUUCAUAAUUUAUGUGCGAAUUGGAUCUUCUGUUGUAGAGUUAUACAUUCCCCUACAACUCCCCCAUUUGAUGUCACACACAAAAAGAAUAUACAGUAUGCCAGGAGAUGAUUUUAUUAACGAUUCGUGGCAGCUCUCUCCAACACCAAAUUAGAUGUAUUCUAUUACGGCAUUAUGAAUCAAUUUUGGAUUCAUUACAGAUUCCUCAUUGCUACGGCCUGCUCUGCUAUCAUGCCUUAAAUUAUUCUGUGACAUUAAAUGGAAGUUGCUCUAAGAGACGUGCUUUAGUGUCCAGUUCACUUUAGCAGCAUGCAGGAAUUCUCAUUUGUGUGCAUCAGAAGGUGUGCUACUGUCAGCCUCAGUGCUCUAAUAUGUCAUAUUAUGGCUGGCAGCCUUUUGAAAUGUCUUCAGGCUGAGGCCGGGGCUUUCUCUGUUAGGAAAUGAAGCUCUUCAUUGGGGAGUGUGAGAGACAGUGCAGUUGGUUGGCAAUGACAGUUCUUUAAACAGUGAUCUUGUCUGCCUCAAUUUAACAAAAUGGUUCCUGUUAUCAAGAGAGUAAAAUGGAGAAAGUAACACUGUUUUUGAUUUUCAAUUCUGAUUUUUAAUUUAGAUUAAUAGAAUUGUUGUUUUUUUACUCAAGAAGGUGUUUAUUGCUCCACACUGAAUUAUCGUUUGUUGGCCUUGUAAGUUUAUUUUGAUCCAGUGGUACAAAUUAUUUUUUUUCAAUGGCUUUGAGUUCUCAGCAUAGUUUGAUAACCGUACCAAAGUCCCUUCAAGCAGGGUUAGAGUGGCCAUCGGGAGAGGGUACGGCGAGAGUACGGUACCAUAUGGCCUCCAUGACAGCAGUUGUGUGUCAAAUAAUGGGAGUUCAUUCUGAACAUGCAAUGCAGAUUUGUCUGGUUAAAUGAGAAAAGUAUUGCCAAUCAACUUUUUUGUUUACUAAAUAACAUAAUAGCAAAAAAAAUACAUGUUUUUGCUAUUAUUUACCCUCCAGCUCUUGCAUAAAUAUAAGCAAUCGUGAGGAAUUCCAGAAAGUAAUUAGGUUGUGUGUCGUGUAUUAUAACAAUUUCAAUGAGUCGUUGAUUCGAUGUCUUGACGCAUCGAACAGAUUUGUUCUAUUUAUCCGCAAUAUUGAAAAUUAAUAAUAAUUAUAAUUAUAAUAAUAACAAAAUAUCGAUAAAUAAAGAACUAAUAGUAAAAGCAUAACAUAUCGAUUAUUCGUAAAUGGGUUUGAUAAAAUCUCCAGUGGGCUGCAAGAAUCCUGAAAUUCCCAGUAAAAUUUUGUCUCCCAAUCUGACCCCGCUUUCAAGUUAAGUCAGUUCACUCGCCGACCAUCUUUGGAACACUCCCGGGCAGCUAUUUUCCAUGGAUACAAGCGGCGUAAAAAUACAGUUUGAAUGACGAAAGACCGAGAUCACCAAAGCGGUUGGUCAAGAUUACGAUCAAAGAACAUAUUUCAUAUUAGCAGUUAAAUCUGACAACAACAGCAUCAUAAAUAUCGCUUCUUCAGCUCAGAUCACGCUAAAAAGCUAAAUUUUUCAGGCUGGUCCAGCUAAUGCACAUGCGUGUUCUGGACUUGACUGACAAGCGAUGUCUGUAUCUAAAAGUUCAUUGGCUCUUUCACUUUUAAGGUGGGACUUUUCUACAUCCACCUUAUUGGGUGUUCCAAUUUCUCCCAUUCAUUUAAAUACAAGUGGUCGGGACAGAGAACCGAACUGAUGGAAUGGAUGUUGUGACGUAGUGAUUAAUGAUUUGUCAUUUGCUCUGUCAUUUAAUUCAAAUCCUGAUUUGACUGCACUCCAGUGGAAAAAGAAACCAUAACCAUGCCAAUAAGCCUGAAUAGGUAUAGUUCUGCAACAAGAACAUUCAGCCUGAUGGUGGAAAAGUGUGAAAGUUGUGAAAACUAAUUCCACUGGGCCUGCUUGUGUGGUGACAAAUAAAGAUUGACUUGCAAGAGCAAGUCUAGUGGCCUUCCAGAUCUUUGCACUACAAUGCUCUGAGAGCAUGGAUAAAAGGCAUAUAAUGCUUGAAUUUGCAAAGUCUCCUAAUUAAUUUUAUUGUUCUCUCUCUUGUUUAUAAGUCUCCUUCCAAAAUCAAGAACAAAUGUACAAAAAGGUGGAGUGAAGCUGGCUGCUUUAAAUUCUUCCCUUCCUAUUUGUCUAGUGUCUGAUGUGUUUGAUAUCUUGAACAAAAGUGGAAUAUAAAUUACAAGUGCACAUUCCUCAUCAUCAUUUAUGGUCUGUCCUUACAUUUGUGACUCCUUGACCAAACAGAAACUUUUGGGUUUCAACUUUCAGGAGUUAGCGUGUGUUAAUGUUAACAGCCAUGUAUAGGGUGACCAGACACCCAUUUUCACAAGUAGUGUCUCGGUGUCCUGACAAUUCAUAAAAUAAUUUAAAUAUGUCCCAGUUUCAGCUGUUUAGCUUACUAAAAUGAAGUAUCCUCAAUGUCCUUUUAGUAACUAAUUGGUUCUCAAUAGAGCGCAACAGUCUUGUUUCCGGAAGUAACGAUUCCAUUCCUCUUUUCCAUAGAGGAACUGAUUAUUAACGAUAACUUUGAAGACAGACCUACCUUGAGCUCAGAGGUUAAUAAUCAAUGGCAUUUGCUUCUUCAGAAGCUAUUAGUCCAGUUUAUUUCAACUUAUAUUUUUUUAAAUUGCGUUUAAUAAUUACAUUUUUGCUGGCAAACUACACUACCCAUGAUCCAGCAGAGAACGAUCCACCAAUCAUAGAAUCGCAGCAAACAAAUUUCGCCAAAAGAGCUCUGCAGCAAUCAAGUUGAUCUCACUACACUCUCAAACUACUAACAAUAGGAUAUUUUGUAAUACAUUUAAAAUAUAUUGUUCUAUACUUAUAACCAACAUUUUUAAAACAAUAUUUGUAUACUUUUCUAUGUUUUUAAAUUCGAUUACGUCAUUCGUUAUGCUACAUGUGAUUGUAGUUAAUUUCCUCAUUAAAGAUGAUAAGUAGACACGUUGUACCUUUGUCUGUUUGUCUGAUUUUCAAAAACAUUUUUGCUUCAAAUCAAAGUUUGAAAUAUUAUGAUUCACCUCAGAGCUGGUUGGUUUGGUUCAUGGUUUAGAACUCUUUUGAGGGAUUUUGUGGAAAAAAAUGAAAGGGAAAAAUACUUCCGUGUACUGUUGUGCUGUUAAUUUGCUGAUACUUUCAUUCUAAAACAUUACAUUAAAAUCUAAUGUGUGCAAUAUGUCAAACCCUCAACAAAGAAUCAACCCAUGCCCAAAGUGUAAAACUGCUGAUCUUGGUUAAUUAAGUGAUAUUGAAUGUAAAACAACAUGUAAAUAUCCAAAUCUAUAUGAACAAUAUUUUUGUUGUUAUUUAUUUUAUGUUAUUUGCAUAUUAUUCUGAUCGAAAAUUCACAGUUAUUCCCCUCUACCCCAACACCACCCCAUGUCACAUUUUGAGAGUGACUAAAAUCUGGUCAGUUAUGUAUCAAUCUUAGGUAAUGAGGGAUAAAAGUUAACAGAGAAGAAUGCUGAUUAGGUGUACUCUUGGGAAUGUUAAAAUUUGAGAAUUUCUAAUUGCUUUUUAGUGUUUGGUUGGUUUGUUAGUUCUCAAUGGUAUUGCACUCUGUUGUUGGCGGGAUCUUUGUAAUGAACACUAAUGAGCGUAGUAGGGCUCUUUUCUCCAUUUCUUUUUCUACAUCUAAUGAAAGGCGUCAAAAGGAUGCAUAUGAAGGUCACUUAAAAGACGUGGACUCUUUAGCUCUAGCCAGCCGUUUAAUGGAUUCGUACAUGAAAAGGGCCACAGAAGACCUGUUCGAACAAAUUACUUUGCUUGCCAAUGGUGACUAUUUCAUGUGCAUAGAGCUAGAUGGGAUUUUUAACUCUUUGCUUCAAUGGUAACUUUUUAUUUGACCUUCAGUUUGGCAGGUUUAUAAAGAUGACUAACAUUAUUGAAUAAAAGUGAUUUUUCUGUUCGUGCACUACUGUAUAAACAAUGUGUGAUGAUUUGAGCCACUUUACGAAACAAAUGUAUUAACUUAUUUUAUUCUCAUGUCUUAAAUUAUUUUUGAAAUAAAAUAAUUUAAAAUGGAAUUACUACUUUUAUUUAACUCAGCAUUCAUUGAUCAAUAUCAUGUCUGUUUAAACCUGCUUUAUGUGUAUAACUAUACUAUCCAUUUAUACGUUUAUACUGAAAAAUGGCAAAUUGUUAACAUCUAACAAACGUGCCAAAUGUGAUGUUUUCUUGUUGGGUUUACCUUUUUAUUUUGUCCCUGGUAUUUUUAUUUAAUACCAUUUCCUUGUAAGGAUGGGGAAAAUAAAUCACAUCUA